AUGUCGGCAUCGAGCUCGCAGGGAAUCAACACUUUAUUGGAAGCUGAACGCGAAGCAGCCAAGAUUGUGCAAAAGGCAAAGCAAUAUCGUAUCCAACGUCUCAAGGACGCUCGUUCCGAAGCAACCAAGGAAAUUGAAGAGUUGAAGGCUCAAAAGAACCAAGAGUAUCAAAACUUUGUUGCCCAGCAUUCGGGUGCAUCGGAUGCCAGCCUUGGUGCCGUGGAUCAAGAGACCGAAGUCAAGAUUGGUGAAAUCCAAAACGCUUUCGCCACAAACAAGGACAAGGCUGUUGAAAAGAUGUUGGAUGCUAUCGUCAAUGUUCAAGCUAAACCCCAUAUCAAUGCUCGCGUUUAA